AAUCCGACUUGUAUCAGUACACUUGGAGAUGGGAUUCUGCAGGAGAUGCGGUGAUAUUUGCAAUACUGACCGGUGCAAAUGCGGAGGCACCGCAGUCGCACCUGUGGUCAAAUGGAACCAGGGAGACGCCGGGGAUCAGCCCAAAGAUCGCUGGUCGCAGACCUAUACUCGCGAGAGAACUCCUUCACCCGUUCGGCCACAAGUCACAGGAACCAUUAUCCCCACACCUACAGGAUCAAGCCCUAUCAAACGCUUUCCACGCCCGAAAUCAGCGAUCGGAAACCACCCAUUCUCCCUCGAUACCCGGGUAUCAGCUCAUAUACGCUCUACUACGGCUGAGCGCGAUCGACCCGCAUCACCACUGAAGCAGGGAUUCCACGUUGACGAUCUUCCUGCGGCAGACAUCCUUCCGUCACCUCAUACGGCCGAGCUCUCUAAAGCUUAUGGCUCCGUGUUGCAACCUCAUGAGACCUUACAGUCAUUCACAUGUCGCGUUUGCUCUACGCCAUUCCCUCCCGAUGCCACCAUAUACCCGGAUCCCAAGUCGAUGACAGGAGAAGACUUCCUAUGCCGACCCUGCUUCAUACGGAAUGGUGGUUCCAAAGGAGAUUGUCAACUUUGCGGGCGUGCGGUGCUUAUACUGAAGAAGGAGGGCGGUUUCGUCGAGAACUCGGGCCGCAUCUGGCACAAAGCUUGCUUCAAGUGCGCUGGAUGCUCGAAAUCCAUCGGAGACUGCCCCAUGGUGGACCUCCUUGGCAGACCAUCCUGCGCAGAGUGCUUUGACAGCUGCUUGAAGAGGAAAGAUAGCCCAGCAAGGAAGACGCCCUUGAGCCCUGCGCAGGACAAGCGGAGCACACUAGGGGGGAUGCGGACGACAGGAGAACGGGAAUCGUUCAGUAGGGAGGGCAGUCCAGCCCUUGGUGAACUGGAGCAGCGCCUUGGAAUCAUCAAGAAGACGCGCGAGGGCAGUCCUGCCGUUGAACCUAAAACCCCACCUAAACCCCGAACCUCUCUGGGUUCAAGGUACACGACGAUCAGCUCAGAGGGGGAGGCCAGCCCUGUGAGUACAGCCAGGAGUCGGGCAAACAGUAUGGGCACAGACUCGUCGUCCGCGCCCCAUCGUCGACGGUCGAAGAGUCGGGAGAGCAUCACCCAACACUCUGACUUUCCCAGUCGACCAGAGACUCGCACUACACCUGUGGGCGAUCGACGACUCAGCAGCAGUGCGAGUGCCAGCCCUCGCUUCCCGGGAAGCCCAUCUACCAGGAAAACGGUAAUUACAGAGGAUGCCGUCGAAGAGAUGAAACGUAGAUUCUUAAAAUCCUCAGUGUCUGAAUCACCGACGCCUUCGCCUUUGCCAUCGACACCGCCUUUACGCAUAUCCAAAUCCCCGUCACCUACCCGUGGAUCGCCUCUACCGCAACAGAUGUCGCCAUCUUCGUCAACUAGAGACACGACGCCUACUCGUCGCUCUCUGAAGAAGUACUCAUCCAGCUCGUCCUUGUCGACUUCCAUCUCGGCAUCCACAGGGAUAUCGGCAUUGUCCCUCAGUGCGAGGAACUUCAGUCUCCUCGCUUCUCCCUCGGUUUCGGAAAGAAACUGGUCCGCAUCCCCAGUUCAUAGCGUUGUUUCAGUAUCACCCGGCCUAUCCAGCUCGUCGGUUGCUCCCAGUCCAAUGCCAAGUACGCCGGAUCUAUUAUCGGAUACGUUCUCGGAGGCGGGAACGCACUCGAGCGGUAUCGAGACUCCGCCAUCAUUCAGUCCACCGACGGUCAUCCGAGGGGUCGACAGGCUCCCGUCGAUGAGAGGCUGGGACAGUGAGGUUGGGGACAUCGAACCGGCUAUGAAAGUGCGCACAACCCCUACCCCCAGCUCCCGAAGGAUAUCGGAGCCUCUUGACUCGUUGCCGGAGUCAGCGCCUCUGAAGCCUUCCCAUACGGGCUCGCACAUGCUGCGCCCCAUAAGGCCUCAUCCUACUGGUACCUACCCGCCCAACGUCGCCAUCGACGCUUCCUGCGCCAAGUGCGCGCUUCCUCUGUUCACCAGCAAUGGUGGCAAGUACGUCACCGUUCCUGAGGAACCUACAAGUACGGGUGUACCCCCGAAGACCUACCAUGCCGACUGUUUUCGAUGUCGCAUUUGUGACGGUAUGUUUAGAGAGCGCCAGGGAGGUCAAGCUGUUUUCGUUCGCGGAGAACGGGGCGCAUGCCAUAUCGAAUGUGCACCCCCAGAGAAGAUCAAGGUAAUCACAAAGGACGUGCCGGCGGGCAUACCGGCGCACUGGACUUCUGCAGCAAUCGAGAAGAAGUUCACGCCGCCGCCCAAGAGCGUGCCUGCUGCGCAAACUACCUUUGCCGUGCCUGCGGCGCCGAAGGUGCCACGAUUUGGCGGUAGUAAUCGUUGUCCAGGAUGCGACAAAUCUGUGAGCAUCAUGGAACGCGGUGUCGUUCCAGGACCUCAAGGCACCCGGUGGCAUGCGACGUGCUUGGUGUGCGGUGGCAAAGAAACGGCGGCCAGGGAGCGGGAACGUGGGUGGGGCCGGAGCAACCUCAAUGGAAAGAGACAACCUGGAUGCGGAAAGAAGCUCGACAGUGCAGCCAAGAUGGAUGCCGAAGGUGGAAUCUGGUGCCGCGAAUGCUCGUUGAUGCUGCCGUCGGGUUACGCGUCCCCCCAAUGCUCUCCGACGCAUUCUCCUGUCGUUCCGACGUCGACCGGUGGUGGAUCCUUCUGGUCAUCACGAAACGCUACCCGUGUGCUUCCCCAGUCUACAGGGACUACCAUCGCGCGUCAGUUUACGGGCACGAUGGAUGCUGGCUUACUGCGUCAACUCACGGGCGGCGGAUUAUCGCCUACCAGGCAACUGUCGCACCAAAUGACGGGAGGCGGUGUAACUGGCAUGACGCGACAAUACACUGGUCAGCUGAACUCGGGGGACGUGCCAACGGUGACCAGGCCGAGGCCGAGAAGUGUGAUCGGUAUGAGGAGUUCGACGAAGAGUAUGGAUGAAGGGCGAGAACGCGUUCGGAAGUCAGACUGCUCACUGCUGCCACAGGCCAAUACUGGCAAUGCCGAGUCCGACGCGCCGUCCUCGGCGCUGCCUCUGACCACGACGACUAUGGCUCCCAGAUAUUCUCGUGAUGAGCUCGAGAGUUUCAAGCGCGCCGACCUCCAGAAGAUUGGCAAAGAUCUGGGAUUGAAAGCCAACGUGAAGACCGAGACACUCAUUGACCAGAUCCUUGGAUCGUCGCAGCAAACUAGCAGCUCGAACCCCUCUCCCCCAGUCACUCCCCCGAGAGCAUACUCUAGGCGGAAGUCCAGUCGUGUUGCAAGCAGUGCUGGUGCAAGGGCUCGGACGCGAUCGACGGCAACAGUAGUGAUACACGAUGAUGACGAAGAGGAAGAGAAGGAGGAGGCCGUACCAGAACCGGAGCCGAAGGCCAAGGCUGAAGAGGAACCUUCUUCCCGCUCUAUGAGGACUCGCAAAGCCAAAGAUACGCAAUAUAGGCUAGGUGUAGGCCGACCUGCCGCAGCCGGGGGUUCGGGUGCGAGAGCCGUUACCAAGUCGGUCAGUCUCGGGCGAGGAAGCGGCACGAGGGGUAAGGUUAGUAGAGGUGUUAAGGCGAAGGAGCCAACGAUACAAGAAGAAGACGAACACGACUCGUCAUCCUCCGAAGCCGGGCCUUCUGGUGACAGUUCCAAGGAGAUCAAAAGCGAAGUUGACCACACCUCGGAGCGUGACAAGCAAUCUGGAUCAGGUGCAAAUGACCCAGACGCAAUACUGCAACAUGGUUUACAAGAGCUUAGGACGGCCUUGGCGCAACAAACUGCCGAUUUGGUGAAACUGCAGCAACGCGUUGAUGCCCUUGCAGCCGAAAACGAGAAACUGCGAGCUGAGUUCAGCACCAUACCGCGCCUCGAGGCAGAGUUUGCGGAGGUCAAGUCAAGGUUAUCCGCAGGAUCUGUCGGGACUGUGAAUGGAACGAAGGGACCUCUCAGUAUGGUCGCCGGCUUAGGCAUAGGGCGUCCAUCGAGACCGGGAACGUCUGCUGUCCCUGUGGUCGCUGCGCCAGAUCAUCCUGGCAUAGCUCCCAGUGCCCUCGGCAAACGACUACGUAAUUCUAGAAGCCCGUUCGAAGGCGACGUGGUGGAGGAGCGUGGCAACGGGGAGGACUCUGCGAGGGACUCGAUAAGGCACGGGAAGAAACGAGCGAAGCGAUCCGAGGAGGAUGGCGAUGAAAGUGCGGGUGCCUCUGGCAUGACACAAGCUCAGAAGGACGCCGAAGAAGAGAUGAUGGGCAUGCUGCAGGAUCCUACAGCACUGCCAAGUCGGGCGCCUACAUUUACCGUGUUCACUGGGCCCGAGGAGCAGUCUUACGACGAGGGACCACCAAAUCACCACCUACCCCAUAUUUUCGCUCGCUCUCCUGCGUCCGGUUCGAACCACACACCUAACAAUGGCAAUCCAAUGACCGCGACAGCUUUCGCCACCGAGAAUCAACCGCAGUAUCAGUUUGGCUUCGGCGCGCCGGUUACGAGUACGCCGGGGCCAACGAUGUCGAGCUCGAACGCGUACUCGUACCUCGAGGAACCUCAAAGCCCCACGCCCAUGGGCACUCUCGUCCCUGGGGCGAGCAUCGUCCCGAGCGGAAGUGGUUACGGCCACACUAUCGAACGUGCGGGCCGCCGGGAGCGUAACGAUCUUUUUCAUCCUUAUGGAACUCCUGCAUCGCAGCGGACUACCCCUCGCCCCGAUACCGAUGCUAGCCAACGUGCAGUAUCCCUAGGCGUCAAUCCUGCUCUGAUCCUUCGUCCAGGCAGCGCUGUUGGAACCCCCAAACGCGAGCUGAGUAGUACAGACAUCGGCAUGACCUUCGGUAUGACCGAGCUGGCGAGUUCGACGCCGGCACUACCGCGGAAGACGAUGUAUGGCACGGAGCUAGAGGGCGACACGCGUUUUGGGGAUUUUGGCGUGGAGGGGGUAGCAACGGGUUUUUGGGCGGGUGGGAGGUACUGAGGGGCUCGCAUAACACAGAAAACCAGUGCCCCCCGGACCCGCCGUUGCCCGACUUUUUGUAUUGGAUAUCAUAAGCAC